GUAGCUAAAUUUAUGGCUUCAUUUGUUCGAGAAUAGGCUGGCAAAGUGGGGUAGUCGAAUUCCAACACUCGCUUUCACCGACACACUUCAACUUUUCUUGCUAUCAAUUCCAUUUCCACCCGACUAUUUUCUCUCUUCUCUAUUAUUUCCCCCUUUUUCUUAGUAUUUCCUUUACCUAUCCUAUACCAGACUCUUUGUCACUGUGCGUGCGUGUGCGUGUGUGUGAGAGAGAAAGAGAGAGGGGUAAUUCUAUUUGGAUAGUCUAGGUGAUAAUAGGUAGUGAAUAAUUGGGGGAAGGUGGUUGAUGUUGUGAUUGCAAAAUAUGGAAGCAAUAAAGAAGCAAGCAAGUAAAUUGAGGGAGCAAGUGGCCAGACAGCAACAGGCAAUUUUACGACAGCUGGGGCAAUUAGGUCAUGGAGGGCCUAUGAUUGAUGAAGUUGACGUCGAACUUCAUGAGCAACUGCAGGAUUUGUACAAAUCUACGAGGGCUGCCAAGCAUUUCCAGAGGGAUAUUGUACGCGGAUUAGAAGGACUAAUUUCAACAGGCAAAAAGGAAACUGAGAUAGUUAAAAAGUUGGCUGAAGAUUGUUGCAAGUAUGGCAUUGAAAAUCAAGAUCAAGAUUCUUCUUGUCCACUUGCAAAGGUUGCCUCAAAUUUUGGUACCUCACAUGCUUCAAUAGAAGAUCAUAGAGAAAGAAUGCUCGGAAUACUAGGUUAUCAGGUUUCCGAGCCACUUCGUGCGCAGAUUAAUGGUGCUCCUCUGGAAGAUGCCCGCCAUUUGACCCACCGUUAUGACAGAAUGCGUCAAGAGUUUGAAAUUCAGGCUGCUGAAGUAAUAAGGCGGCAGUCAAAGUCGAGAGAUACUUCUUCUGAAGCUGCUUUAAAGCUUAAAACGGCUGAAAAAAGGUUGACAGACCUUAAGUCUUCUAUGUUGACACUUGGGAGAGAAGCCGCUUCUGCUAUGUCGUCAGUGGAGGAUCAGCAACAGGAAACAACUUUCCAGAAGCUUCUUACCAUGGUUAAUGCUGAAAGAAGUUAUCAUCAAAAUGUUAUUGCUAUUUUGGAAAAGCUACACACACAGAUGAUUCUGGAUGAGGAAUCCACAGAACCUUCAUUACAGUCAGAAUUUCCCCCAAGAGAUAAUGUUCCAUUUCCUAGUGACGGGGUUGCUUCAAAUAGAUCGGAUGGUCAGGAUGACGAGAGUAAGAGUGAUCUGUACUUUAUCGGAAAGGUUAUACACUCAUUUGAUGCUCAAUCAGAGGGUGAACUGAGUCUUGAACUUGAUGAUUUCGUCGUAGUUCGACAGGUUUCAACGAAUGGAUGGUCGGAAGGAGAAUGCAACGGCGAAGCUGGCUGGUUUCCGUCCGCCUAUGUAGAAAAGAUCGAUGUAGUCCCAAGGAGCAAAUUAUCAGGAGAGGAUGCUUGAUGGUGCACAAUAUAUAUUUCUGGUUUACAAUAUAAUAGGGUGAGAGUAUAUUACAUUAAAGUUUUCUGGUUUUACAGAAAAUAGAAUUUGUUUGAUGGUAAGAACAAGAUCGGAUUGUAGUGUUUCUUUUUCUGGCUUCAAUGGUUGAUUUCUUUUUACAA